AUGACACUCAUUUUCGCAUACUAUUUGCUUUUCGCAAGACAACAUGUUCUCACAUAUUCUGCAUACCAAAUUCAUCAAGAAGCAACGUUUCAACAAGCCGUUGUUCGUAAUUUAAACGAUAAGAACGCACAAUUGCAGAAGCAGUUUGACAACGUGGUUAGAGAAGCCGCCGUAGCAAACGGAGAAUUGAAUCUCUUGAAUAGCAAGAAAGCAGGUUUGCGAGACUAUCUACCUCCGAAGCAAAUCGUUGAUUGUGUCAAUGUCACAGAACUUGAGCGGGAUCUUGAACUUGAGCGCCGGAAGGUUCGCGAGCUUCAAGACGCGGCUAGGGAAAGGGAUAAGGAAUACGCCAAACUGAAGGCACAACUGGACAAGUUUAAACGAAAAACGUUACUUGGGCCAGCUUCUGGGAAUGAAAAUGCUACACCUGCUCCGAACAGUUUUUUUGAUGAUCAAAGGACAAAACCUAGACAGACAGGCAACACUGUAGCCAAUGUCAGUUCAGUGAACUCGGUUGUGGGAGGCAUGGAAAGCAAUGGGUCUUCGCCCCCCUCGCAAACCAACGGACAGCCAGAGGAUUUCGUCCCGCUGUUCCAAGAUAGCAAAUAA